AUGUGUCGGUGCACAUCAGCACUGGUGUUCCCCUCUUCUCGGGAGGUGUCACCCAGCGUAAAUGGCCACGCAAAGAAGCAGCCCGUGAACAUAUUCCUGCAAUCCUCGAAAGAGGAGCUGCGCCCUGAGGACCCCGCGGCCGCGCAGACCCUCGAGGCAGCGUCCAGCGGCGCGCAGAAGCUGGUGCUGCUGGUGGCCACCACCGGCGCGCCGCUCAGCGACGCGGUCUCCAAGCUGCCGCCGCUGCAGCAGCCGCCCUAUGCACCCUGGCAGCUGCCCGUCAUCGGCCAUGCCCUCCUGACGCGUGGCAAGAAUGAGCACUUCGUUCACAACCUGGCCCACAACAUCUGGGGCGAUGGCGGCCUCGCGCGCAACGGCGGCACGGUGCGCGUCAGCCUGCCCACUGACCUCGACUUUGAGACGGGCGCGCCGGAGGGCCCGGAGGGCUGGGACGACAAGGCGGCGCUGGUCGAGACCAUUAUGACCUGCGAUCCUGACGUGAUUGCAGAGCUAAUCGCACGCGAGGCGGAGUUCCCAAAGUGCUGGAACCGUGGGCCCCAGAACGUCGUCGCGCGCAUGGCGGGCAACGGGCUGUUCACAUCCGGCACGCGCGACCCCGACUGGCAGACGGCGCACGGCAUCCUGCCGCGCGCGUUCAAUGCCCUGAAAAUCAGGAGCUACUACCCCGCCAUCCUGGACAAGUGCCGCGUGUACAUGCACGCCUGGGACAAGAGGGCGGCCGGCGGGGAGGCGCUCAUCGGCGGGAUUCACGAGUGGAUGUCGGCCUUCACAGCCGACGCCAUCGUCAAGUGCAUCAUCGGCCUCGACAUGCACAACAUUGAGCGGCUGCAGACCGGCGAGGAGGCGCACCUCUUCAUGCGCACAUACCGCCGCGCCAACCGGGUCAACAUGAGGCCAGACCUGAAGGCGGAGCUGGGCGCGGCCAAGUACUACAACCCCCUGGUUGACAAGAAGGCGGAGCACAUGAGGCUGGUGGCAGAGGCGCGGCGCAACACGGAGGAGGUCAUCUUUGACCUCGUGGAGCGCACCAGGAGGGGCGAGAUGGGUGAGGGCGGCAUGAUCCACAUGAUGCUGCACGACAAGAGCGCCACCAACGGCGAGUACAUCCGCUACAGGAACUUCUACCCGCAGCUCAUCAACGUCAUGGUGGCUGGCCACGAGACCACGUCGGCCACGCUGAGCUGGACGCUCUACUUCUUGGCCAAGAACCCCACCUGCAUGGAGAAGGCUCUGGCGGAGAUCAGGGACGUCCUGGGGGACGCCGCUGAGCCGACCGUGGAUCACAUCGCCAAGCUGCACUACGUCGAGGCCUGCUUCAGGGAGGCGCUGCGCAUCCAGCCCGUCGCCGUCGCCACCGCCAGGGACGCGGCCGCGGACACCGUCCUGCAGGGGAAGUGGCUGGUGCGCCGCGGGCAGCGUGUGGCGGUCAACCUGGUGGCGCUGCACCGCCGCGAGGACCAGUGGGGCGGGCCCUUUGGGGACCCCCUGGAGUACAACCCUGACCGCUUCAUGCCCGGCGCCUAUGAAAAGGCCGGCCUGCCGCCGCGCCACCCCCAGGCCUAUGCGCCAUGGGGCUUUGGCGUGCGCGCCUGCAUUGGGCAGCUCUUUGCUCUGUGGGAGGCCAAGACCUUCCUCGCCAUGCUGCUCCCGCGCUUCCACUUCCGCACGCCCGUCGGCUACGUGGCGGUGGCCAGCCAGCGGGAGCUCUCGAUCUCGCCGCUGCCUUACCAGCUGUCCCUGCACGUGCGCCGGCGCGAGGGCGCGCCCGCCACCAGCCUCCCCUCGGACGAGGCGCAGCCGCCAGCGGCGGCGCGCACAGCCCAGGGCGGGCAGAAGCAGGCCAACGGCGCAACCACGGCACCGGCCGCGGCGCCAGCCGCGGCGGGCCACAGCACACCGCUGCAGGUGCUUUUCGGCUCCAACAGCGGCAUGUGCGAGGACUUUGCACAGCAGCUGGCGGCCAAGGUUCGCGGCGCGGGGUUCACCGUGACGGUGGGCUCCCUCGACCUUGCCAUUGCGGGCGGCGGCGGCAGCGGCGGCCUGCCCACCACCGGCGCCGUGGCGGUGCUGACCAGCACAUACAAUGGCAUGCCGCCUGACAACGCGGUUGCCUUCAGCAAGUGGCUGGGCGCCGCGGCGCCGGGCAGCCAGGCGGGCGUGCGUUACGCGGUGUUUGGCGUGGGAAACAGCCAGUGGGCCGCCACGUUCCAGGCCUUCCCCAAGAGAGUGGACGGCCUGCUGACCGCAGCCGGUGCGGCGGCGCUGCUGCCGUUGUCCUCUGUGGACGUCGACCAGGCCGGCGUGACGGAUGCCUUUGACGAGUGGAGCGACUCGCUGGUCGCCGCGGCGCUCAGCGCGUUCGGUGUUGCAAGCCCAACAGGCGCGGCGGCGGCCGCGGCGGCGGCGCCGCGGCCGCGUGUCGACAUCCGGCCGUUCGAUGAGUCCAACGGCGGUGAGAUUGCUUUUGAGCUGACCGGGCCUGGUGACCUGGACGUCCUGACGAAGAUGAGGGGGCAUAUCCCCACCAACGGCAACACCAACAGCUUCCUUCACCCCCUGAAGGUGCUGGAGUCGCGCCAGCUGCUGCCCGCCGACAGUGGCCGCGCCACGGCCCACGUGGAGCUUGAGCUGCCAGAGGGCAUGACCUACUCCGCGGGAGACCACCUGGAGGUCGUCCCGGUCAACUGCCCCUCCCUGGUGGAAGCUGCGCUGCAGCUGCUGGGCCUGCGCGGGGACGAGCCCUUCCUGUGGACGGCCGGCAGCAAGGACGGCGCCGCGCGUGGCAUCGGCUCCGGCCUUAAGCCGCCGCCCGCGCUGGGGGACCUCAUGCCCGGCCUGAAGAUCAAGGUGCAUGCGCGGGGGGCGCUCCAGUGGUUUGUGGACCUGAGCACCGUGCCGAGCCGCAAGCUGGUGGCGCAGCUGGCGGAGGCGUGCCCCUGCCCGCCAGAGGCGGCUGCGCUGCGGCGCCUGGCGUCUGAGGAGGGGUACAGCGCGGGAGUGUCAGGCCCGAAGCUGACGCUUGUGGAGCUGCUGUCCCGAUUCAGGAGCGUGCCCACCAGCCUGCCGGAGCUGGUGAACGCACUGCCGCGCCUGGCGCCGCGCUACUACUCCAUAUCCUCCAGCCCCAGGGCGGACCCGCGGCGCUGCUCCAUCACAGUGGGCCUGGUGGCCUUCACGACCCCCACGGGGCGGCCCCACAGGGGCGCCAGCAGUGGGCUCAUCCACUCGCAGCCCGUGGGGCGGCACCUACUGGGCACGGUGCGCUGCCUGCAGAGCACCUUCAAGCUGCCAAAGGACCCCACCACGCCCAUCAUCAUGAUUGGCCCUGGCACGGGCCUGGCGCCGAUGUGCGGCUUCAUGCAGGAGCGUGCUGCCCUGCUGCAGGGCGGCGCCCAGCUGGGCCCCGCGCUGCUGUUCUUCGGCUGCCGCUCCGCCGGCGAGGACUACAUCUACCGCGACACGCUGGAGGGCCACCUGGCGGCGGGCGUGAUCAGCGGCCUGCACGUGGCGUUCAGCAGGGACGGCCCCAGCAAGGUGUACGUGCAGGUGGGCUGCGAGGCGUCCGCCCAGAACUGGAUGGGCAGCCUGCUGGAGGCGGGGCGGUACCUGGAGGACGUGUGGGCCGGGUGA